CCCAGCCGCGGCCACUUCCCGGCGCAGCGGCCUUCCGGGAGCAGCGGGCGCGAACUUUCUGGAACAGCAGCCUCAGCAGCCAUCAUGGCUCCACCCUGGGUGCCCGCCGUGGGCUUCACACUGGCACCCAGCCUGGGGGGCUUCGUGGGUGCCUACUUUGUGCGUGGCGAGGGCCUCCGUUGGUAUGCCAGCCUGCAGAAGCCCUCUUGGCAUCCGCCCCGCUGGGCCCUGGCUCCUGUCUGGGGCACGUUGUAUUCAGCCAUGGGGUUCGGCUCCUACGUGGUCUGGAAAGAGCUGGGGGGCUUCACGGAGGAGGCUGUGGUUCCCCUGGGUCUCUAUGCCGGUCAGCUGGCCCUGAACUGGACAUGGCCCCCCAUCUUCUUUGGUGCCCGGCAGAUGGGUUGGGCCUUGGCAGACCUCCUGCUCAUCAGUGGGGCAGCAACUGCCACAACCGUGGCCUGGCAUCGGGUGAGCCCACCGGCUGCCCGCCUGCUCUACCCCUACCUGGCCUGGCUGGCCUUUGCCACCGUGCUCAACUACCACGUGUGGCGCAAUAACCACGGCCGGCCCGGGGGUCGGCGGCCUCCGGAGUGAGGAUGCCCACACUGCCAAGGACUGCAGCAUCACCAGGCGCCACGGGUGGUGGUAGUCAUCACGCUUUUAUGGCCACCAGGCCUGCUCAUCUGCCUGGAUCUCGGUCUGGUGGGUGGGUGGGGGGGAGGAGUCACCAUCAGUUCCAGAGGUGGUCCUUGCUGACUCCUGUCUAGGAACAGCAGCCUGUCUUCCCACGCUGCUCCCAGCGUGCUUUUGCAACAUGGGGUUUUACAAGCCAAAUAAAGUUUUUAACUUUG